UUCAAUAUGUCAGCCCCCAUAAGAGUGUAAACAAACGAGUUCAAAGUUCCAUCAGCCGACAUCUGUGAUAGUUUAAACUGUUUGUAGACGUUGACAGUCAGAAUGAGCUUAAGUAAAAGAAAGGAAGACAAUCCUGUGGAAAAGGCAUUGAAGGCAUACUUGAAACUCUUGCAAGAAAAGCCUGUUAUAACUAAAGCUUGUACCAGUGCUGUAGUGUCGUCCCUAGGCAACAUUAUAUCCCAGCUGAUUGCUCCCAACCCACAGACCAAGGGCAGGAUAUCAUGGAGAAGCACCCUCGCAUAUGCCUCUUCCGGGUUCUGUGUGAGCGGGCCAGUCUUUCACUACUUCUACGUCAACCUGGAGAAGUACUUCCCUAAGGGCAGACCCAAUGCUGCUCUGAAGAAAGUCUUGUUUGAUCGUUUGAUCUUCACACCACCCUUCAUCUUCCUGUUCCUCUAUGUAGUGUCUGUCCUGGAGGGUCAAGGUCAUGCUGCCUCCAUGCGACGGAUCAGAGACACGUACUGGUACAUCCUGAAGAUGAACUGGCAAGUCUGGACCAUCAUCCAGUUCAUAAACAUCAAGUACAUUCCUGUCAAGUACCGGGUGCUGUUUGGCAAUGCCGUGUCUCUCAUCUGGUCUGUCUUCAUCUCCUACAAGAGAAGGUCAAUGACUUCUAGCUGAUAAUGUGACCUCAGUAGAGCAUGUGAUCCUCAUCAGAUCAUGUGACCAUCAUUAGUAGACAGAGAGAUGGCAUUUUAAUCUUGACAGAGUGAGAUGGAACUCAAAGAUGUAACAGACAAUUACUGAAAUGUUGAUUUUCACAAUGACUGUACAUGUAAUAAUUCCUGUAAUAUCUACAUUGUGCCUAUAUCAAAGUCUUACCACA